GACCACCCCGCGAUGCUACCGCUACCGCCGCCGCCGCCUCUGUAGGGAGCGCCCGAGCCCGCUGCGGAGAGAGGCUGAACAAAGCUCAGGCUCAAUUGUGCUUCCUGCUUGUCAGCCUCUUGCCUCCCAAACGCGUACCGUUUCCACUUGAUGUCAUCAUGCAGAAGGGGGUGAAAGGGACUCGGUGACAGAUGCAGGUUGUUGGUGCUUUUCCAAAAACUCUGGCCGGUACCUUUCUUUCCAAGGAUAGUUCUGCUUCGAUGUCGAGCUAACGAAAUCUGGGGUUAUCUCGAUAGAGCUCCGUGAAAAGAAAUGAACACGCCUGAGCAUGCCCUGUGCCUGUGAGCUACCCGAUCUCCUCACGACUUUGGCAAGACGACAAGGAAGGCGUGGGGGUUCUGGACUCUGAGAACACGCUCCUUCCCCUUGGCCUUGGCCUUCCCGCGCCCAGCCCACCAUGGAGACGCUCUCCCAAGAUUCCUUGCUGGAAUGUCAGAUCUGUUUCAAUUACUACAGCCCCCGGCGAAGGCCCAAGUUGCUGGAUUGCAAACACACCUGCUGCUCGGUGUGCCUCCAGCAGAUGAGGACGAGCCAGAAGGACGUGAGGUGCCCCUGGUGCCGGGGCGUCACCAAGCUGCCCCCGGGCUUCUCCGUGUCGCAGCUGCCCGACGACCCCGAGGUCCUCGCGGUCAUCGCCAUCCCGCACGCGUCCGAGCACACCCCGGUCUUCAUCAAACUUCCCAGCAAUGGGUGCUACAUGCUGCCCCUGCCCAUCGCCAAGGAGCGAGCGCUGCUGCCCGGAGACAUGGGCUGCCGCCUGCUGCCCGGGAGCCAGCAGAAGUCCGUCACCGUGGUGACCAUCCCGGCAGAACAGCAGCCCCUGCAAGGCGGGGCUCCCCAGGAGGCGGCGGAGGAGGAGCCGGACCGGCGGGGCGUGGUGAAAAGCUCCACCUGGUCCGGGGUGUGCACUGUGAUCCUGGUGGCCUGCGUCCUCGUCUUCCUUCUGGGCAUCGUGCUGCACAACAUGUCUUGCAUUUCUAAGCGCUUCACUGUGAUAUCCUGUGGCUGAACGGGGCUGCAAGGGAAGGAAGUCUCUCGUGGGUGCCAACUGGGGGUUGAGCAGGUGUUGGUGAUGGGAUCGCAGUGAGGAGAUGGGGGGACGACGCUGAUCGUUUGGUGCCGAGCGCUGGCCUCUGGGCCUGCCGCUUGAUGACCCGCAGACAGACACGAAGGGUAGAUGCGAGGUCUCAACGACACGCCAGGCAAAUCAUUGUGAGCAUUGGCGGCAACAGCUUCGAAGACGAUUGCAUGCAUCCUCAUAAUCAUUUAUUAAAUGGACUGUAGUUUAUGAUUUUUCAAAAUCAUGUUACGAGAUAGACAGACGUAUUCUACUUAGACGUUAAACCGUGCAAGUGCAUACAAUGUGAUCUUCUCUAAAUGUGGUAGAUUCAAACCAAGAUGCUAUGUAUACAGUAGAAUUAAACCUGAGAAUCCAUGUAAAAAUUCAGCGGCAACAUGCAGCGCCGGUUUCUUUCCCCUUUUUAACGGAAACCCAGCCUUCCUUCAGUUGCUAAGGCUAUUUAUACUUUUUGAACGGCACCCACAUUAAAAUAAGUGAAGUGGACAGUCGUUUUUCGAAGAAAAUGUCUGAACAAGUGUUUCCAGCGUGUUGUGUUUUGUUACGUACCUUCAGUUUUCUUCCCUUGUAAUUAGAGCUCGCUAUGUGUUUAUUAAACGGAAAGCCCAACAGGGGAGCAAUAAACUGAGUAAUCAUGAGAAAUGCCUAAUCCCACAGGAACCCUGUAUGCCAAUUUUUCUCAAGCCAUCUCACGAAAUAAGGAUUUUAAAUGUAAAUAUUGCGUAUUUGUGUGUGUGCGUGUGUGUGUCAUUUGAUUUACCUCAGGUUUUGAAUCUUUUCAGAAGAAUCCCGGGAGUAAGACUUUGUGGGCCUGAGUCCAGGGUCUGAAACGGUGGCCCCCUCUUGAGCACCGGGACCCACACAGUGAAGUGUCACUCGCAUGUCACUUCCAACAUUUGCUCCUCUUCUAUGCAUUCAAGUCCUGUAUCCUGUGAGGCACGAAUGGAGAGUAACAGAAGAGGUUCUGUCUCUUCUCCCGAUUUGGAGGUAUCGUAAUAGAUACGAGUGUUGUCCAUCGAUGCCAAACCUAGACUGGCAUUUUAACAGACAGCCCAUGAUUACUUUUUGAAAGAUACUAUUCCAUGAGAGCUGAACCAUUUAGAAUUCCGGUGUCCUCUUGUUGGUGUAAGUGAGAAAAUCUCUUGUAUUUCAACAUACGUUGUUAUUGAGAAAAGUGACAAGGUAAACUAACAACUCACAUUCCCAAUUUCAGUGGACCAGUUCCAUCAGAAGUUCUCAAAUAUUUUUCAGUGUGUAGUAAGUCUAUAGAUGCUCAUGAAGAAAGAUCUACUGGCAUCAAAGGGUAAAUUCCUGUACCUGGAUGUGUGUGCGUUCAGAAAUAGCUAUGAGUUUGACAAUUCUCUUCUAAUUUCUUUUAUGGAAUUCAUAAAGCAAGUGUAUUUGGAAGCUCAAAGUAGAAAUUAGGUUAAAAUGCCAUUUUAUUGUGUAAGCUAUUGGGCAUUAUACAACAAAUAAUCUAGGAUUUAUUUGGUAUUAAUAAUUUAGGUAUCAUAUUAGCUAAAUACUAUCCUCUAUUACGUAACAUAAUAUACUGUUGGGUUAGUGUCAAUUUCUCAAACUCUUCCAGGCUGCCAUAAUGCAUGUCUGACCUAAUUUCUAUUCCUCUUGGAGGGAAAAAAAAAAAAAA